ACCAGUGCACCUCACCAACCAGCUCUCGAAGCCUCAAAACCAGAGCGUCAAAACGCACGACCGAACGACGGGGCAAGUUUACGACUCCAAGGAAGCUAGGAAUCGAUUCUUAGCGCCAUUCGCGACGACAAUUCUCGAUUCUACGUCGUACCCAAUCCGCCGCCCGCCUUGUCCGACGCGGCUUCGCCUCUCGCUCCUGCGUCGAUCGGUCCGUCCUUUCGCGCGAGACGACACCCCCUCGAAGAACCGGCCAAGCCACCCCCCCGACCGGACAAAUCUCGAGAAACUACCCAGAAGCUGCGGCCCCCCUCAGGUACCUCUCGCUCUUCAGGCGCCGACACGAUCUCGGGAAAUUUCCCGCUGUCCCCGCUCGUCGCCCUUCAUCUGGUGUUCUUUGGCCGACGAGUUUCCAAUUCGAUCGUUCCGCGUUCUGGGGUUUCAAUUCCGUUGAGACCCUCGAUUGAUCUUCGUCUUCGGGAGUGUUUGGGUGCCGCAAAAUCGUAGCUUGGGGCUUUUCUGUUUAGUGGGUCUUUUUUGGGGGGUGGGGGUGGGGGGCUGAAGGGAGAAGGAGUAUGGUGGAGCCCGGGCGAUAUGGCUUCGCCGGAAACCCUAAAUUCCGCGGGGUCUUCAAUGGGAUUUGCGCCGCGGUCUUGUUAUACAUGUUCUAUACGCAAGAUGAAUUCUUUAGGAGGGGUUCCUAUUUGGGGGAUUCGCCUUCGGUCCUGCCUUCUGGUUGGCGCUCGAGGGGUUUUGCUGAUCGGGUUGAUCGGUUCAAGGUGAUACACCGGAGGGUUGCUGAAGUUAAUGCUACUGGGUUGAAUGGGACGGUGAGUGUGGACGAGUCCGUCGGUAAUGAUUUGACUGCUAAGAAUCCUAAACUGUGCGCUGGUUUGUAUGAGCACAAAGGUUAUAAGAGCAAGUGCGAGUAUCUGAUCGCCAAUCCUGAGUGUAAUGCCGGUGGGUUCUUCCAUUACAUUUCGUUCUUCUACUGUGAUUGCGAGAAAUUCACGGGUGUGGGGUAUGCCGUGCUGGCACUGUGGCUGGUUGCUCUGUUUUACUUGUUGGGCAACACUGCAGCAGAUUACUUCUGUUGUAGUUUGGAGAAGCUUUCUAGUCUUCUGAAGUUGCCGCCCACAGUUGCAGGGGUUUCUCUGCUUCCGCUUGGUAAUGGGGCUCCUGAUGUGUUUGCCAGCAUUGCCGCAUUUAUGGGGAAAGAUGCAGGGGCAGUGGGUCUCAAUAGCGUGUUGGGUGGUGCUGUUUUUGUUACUUGUGUUGUCGUGGGGGCUGUUUCUUUCUCUGUGGCAGAGCAGAGGGUCCAGAUUGAUAGGAGGUGUUUUAUCAGAGAUGUAUCCUUCUUCCUCUUCACUUUGAUUUGCCUUGGUAUUAUUUUGACUGUUGGCGAGGUCAGUGUUGGGGGUGCUAUUGCAUUUGUUUCUAUAUAUGGGCUCUAUGCCUUUGCAGUUGCCGCCAAUGAGAUGCUGAGGAAACAAGCCAGGAAAUUAAGGCUAGAUUCUGUUACACCUUUACUUCCUGUCAGAGGAAGCAUCUUUUCUCAAGGAAGUGAGGAAGACGAAUCUAUUUAUGCCUCACUGAUUGAGUCAAACUCUGAUGGUGAUGUACCUCAUCUGCAAAGCGAGUUGCCACACUGGAUGUGGGCUUCAAAUGUUGCAAUUUAUUCAAAUGAGGCUGUCAAAGUCAAUCCGGAUAGCCCAAAGCAGUUGUGGGGUUGGAAUGAUGAUGAAAUGGCCAAUGGAAAUUCUUCCUUCACAUGGUCAAAAUUAUUUUCUCUACUGGAGAUGCCGCUGACACUACCAAGGCGGCUGACAAUCCCUAUAGUCGAGGAAGAAAGAUGGUCAAAGACAUAUGCCGUUGCCAGUGCUUCAUUAGCACCUAUUCUUUUGGCAUUUUUAUGGAACACGCAAGAUGAUGUUGGAAAUCUGAGCAGAGAAAUCGCAUAUGCUAUUGGCAUAUGUGCUGGGGGCGUACUUGGUGUUUUUGCAUAUGUGUACACCAGAGCUGAUCAACCACCACGCAAGUUCUUAUUUCCUUGGGUCUUUGGGGGAUUCUUCAUGAGUAUAAUCUGGUUCUACAUAGUCGCAAACGAGCUUGUUUCUUUGCUGGUAGCUCUGGGUGUUAUUUUUGGCAUAAAUCCUUCUAUCCUUGGUUUGACAGUUUUGGCCUGGGGAAACUCUAUGGGUGAUCUGAUGUCAAAUGUAGCAUUGGCAAUGAAUGGUGGAGAUGGUGUGCAGAUUGCAAUGUCGGGUUGUUAUGCUGGGCCUAUGUUUAACACACUUGCUGGUCUGGGAGUUUCACUGUUUCUUGGAGCCUGGUCUAGUAGACCUGCAUCAUUUGUAAUCCCCCAGGAUAGCAGUCUAUUUUACACGAUGGGGUUUCUGAUGAGCGGAAUUCUUUGGUCACUCAUCGUCUUGCCCCGGCAUGACAUGCGACCGAACAAGAUGUUGGGGAUUGGCCUUAUGUCAAUUUAUCUGGUCUUUCUGGUUUCAAGGUUAAUCACAUCUAUGGGUGUGGUCUCAUAGAAUGGUCUUAGUUGACGGUCAAGGCAUGAGGCAUGGGAACUCUGGUCAGGGUAAUGUGUUUUAAAAUAUGGAUGCCCCCUUCUCGCCACGGACACUGCUUUGUGCCUGUUGCCUGGAUCAUGUAGCUCAUUUUAGUGUUGCACAUUGAAAAAGUUACAUAAGAAUAGUUGAGCUGUAAGCUGGGCCUUAAGAAUGUAUCCACUCGAUGUACAGUACUGAAUUAUCUUUGUGAGAGUCCAUCAUCUCCAAAUGCUGCUGCUUUUUUCAUAUUGAAGGUCAACAUAGGAUACUUGUGAGAUUGGCUUGUGACAUGCUAUCUGUGCUUCUGACACCAUCAUUGUUAUUUCUCAUUUUCUGAAGAACGUAGAAACUGUCAGAUUGCAAAUGAAUGAACGAAUAAAUGACAAAGUAUCAGAUCAUAAAUAUGUUUUGUGUUUUGGAUUGGAAUGGUUGCUUUUCGGCUAGUGAUUGGAGAAACUAGCCAGCACAUUACUGGACCUAGAUGUAGCUACAUGCAGGAUAAGAGUGAGAAAUGUGGCUCGGUUAUAUGGAAGUUCUUUCUUUCU